CGACGCGUUAAUACGGGAGAUAACACAUCAUCGCUCAGUUGUGAAAGAUACGCGCGGACUUUGUUCCCCAUCCGCGACGAUCAGCAGCGAGUCGCAUGAGAGACGAAGCCGACGAUAGCGCGGUCACGUCAAAUUCGGCGGGUCGCGAUUACAAUGCGGGGGGUAACCGGGCGACCUUAUCUCAAUGUUUACGAGAUAAAUCUAUAUUUGCCUCUCUUCUUUUCGUGAAUCAUUCCACGUCGAAUCUACUCGAUAUUAGCUCCGUCUGUCAAGACGACUGUUACGAAGCCGACACGACAAACUGUUAUCAGUCCUUCUUCUCUGUGCUGGUGAUACCUAUGGAGGGGCAAUGGAGGCGAUAGCGCAACCAUAUAUAAGCCUGCACAUUCGUCAUCGCAAUCAGUUUGAUAUUCCCUCACGUUUCAUUUUACUAGAGUAGCGUUCGUACGACAUUCUGGUCACAUCGAGCCUUCGUCUCAAGUAUUUUUAAGCGAAGAUAAUUUGAAUAAAAAAAAAAAAAAGAAGUAACGGUAAAUAAAUAUCUAUAGUGUCUUUCAGCGUGCUAUAAAAGGAGCAUCCAAGGCGUAACUGCCAACUCAAUUGGCGAAGAUUUAUCGAGCUUUGUUCGUCGAGCUCCGAGCGCGAUUUUUACAUCUUCCUCUUUCUCUUCGAACCCUUCGUCGUUUUCACCAGUCAGUAAGCGUGGCAAGUAACACGCAACCAAGGAAGAUGGGAUUCUCUUAGCAUCGACUGGGCUAUUCCCGCGCUGACUUCCGCGAUUAAGUUUGCUGUUCUCUGAAUAGAUCGGACCCACCGGACUUACAACUAUUUUACAAUUGUUAUUAAAACAAAAAAAAAAAAAAAAAUACCUGUCAAAAAUCAUACGCACGAAGACUGUCUCCGAGAGUGCUACGGCAGUGUCUUAUGAUUUCUUUGUCGCGAUCCAGCCCAGUUAUGUUUUCGAUCAAGUACAGCAAGCAAUUCCUGAGCUACCGUAUACUCAAGUCCAACCGGUUCAAGUAUAUCUGACGAUACGGACUCGGACUACGUGAUAGAGGGUGCGCGCAAGGUGGUGUGUGUGUAUUGUACCGCGGACGACUUGUCGUACCUACGGGGCUCAGGAAGAUCGAGGGAAAGAGUGUUUCGGCAAGACCUGGAAAGUCUUGUAUCAUCCGAUGGCCGAAUCGCUUUGCACAGCGACGCGAGCUUGAGGAAGUACGUCGACAGAAAAUCGACGUCGUCGAAAAUCGCUAGUAAGGCGAACCUUUCGAAAGCGAGAGACGGAGAGACGAGCUUGGGAGAAAAAAAAUCGUUGCAAAAAGAAUUAAAUUAAUUGGUAACGACAAUUGAUGAUUUUAUCGUCCGGGGAGAUUUUCAAUCAGAAAUAAGAGAUUACAAUUUUUGGAAUAAGCUCGCGAGGAAAGCGAUUCAGCGAAGAAAAUCUAAUUGGCAACGUAUUAUUUUAUUAACAAAAAAAAAUUGAGAGAAUUGAGAUUGAGAUAAUUACAAUAAAAAUUAAAAAUCAAACCAGCCUACGCUGCGGCAGCUAAUGAUUUUAUUACGGAAGCAAUUUUUAAGUAGAAAAAUAAAUUGAAUAUUAGUCAUUAGCGAGACAAAAGACUUCCGAGGGGGAAAAUCCCUUCGAGGGGGAUAGAUUUAUCUAGAGUAACGACAUUGCUCGAGGAUGACAUUGCGCAUGUCAAAUUCUGAGAGAUCAUUAGAGCGAGAAUAAAGCGACAGAAACAGAGUUGAGUAAAUCGGAAAUUUCUACGAGAGGCACCGAACGCGACUUUUCACGACAACCACACGUAUACAUUCGCACGUAUACACAAUCGCGCGCAAUUAGGUCUGCAUAAAACGCGAAUUAAAGACGGAGCCUCUAAUUAAAGCGACGAUCGAGCGGGAUCUGCACGUCUUUGGGGAAAUCGGCGAAUCGGUUAAAGUCGACGGCAAAAAUAAUGAAAAAAAUGAUCGUUUAUGUUCCGGGCAGAAUGCCAACUCACGUUGGUCCCUACGGCGCCGCUCGUUACCCGGGCACCCUGCUAGGAGCUGUCCCGGGUUUUUACAGCCCGGUUUCUGGCUAUUCUACCAGCCCGAUCCCGAGCUACUACGGGAGCCUUAGCGUCCAGCAUCAACCACCGCUGGACCUUCCGGUGUGGCCGCGAAGGAUGCCGGCUGAGGAGGAACAGGGAACCUCGCCGGCCGCUAGUUUGACCGGGCUGGGAACAUCUCCGGGUAAUGGCGGUCCUCCGAGUCCGGCGCAGAGCGACUCGGAUGCAUCUAGCUCGAGCUUGGAACUGGGUACCAUCAGAACCGGCGAAAAUGCCCAACUAAAGUGCAGAUGGCAAGACUGUGGCCGAUGGUUCACGUCUCUAGAGCAGCUUGCGGGACACGUUGGAAGAUUGCACGCGGCGCCUGGUCCGCGGGGUCUUUUUUAUUGCGGAUGGGAGGGAUGCGCGAGAGGCGAGCGUGGAUUUAAUGCGAGAUAUAAGAUGCUCGUCCAUGUACGGACGCAUACGAACGAGAAGCCGCACCAUUGCUUCCAGUGUGACAAGAGUUUCAGCAGAGCCGAGAAUCUGAAGAUACACGCUCGCUCUCACACUGGCGAACGUCCCUAUGUCUGUCCUGUCGAGGGUUGCAACAAGGCCUACUCGAACUCCUCGGAUAGAUUCAAACACACUAGAACCCAUGCCGUAGAUAAGCCGUAUUACUGUAAAGUGCCAGGCUGUCCAAAGAGGUACACCGAUCCGUCGUCAUUGAGGAAACACGUUAAAACCUAUCGCCAUUAUGUGAACAACAACGAUAAAGUCCAAGAAAUAAAGUCCGAAAGAGACUUCGAUGAUAAUAAUGCUCAGGAGAAGAGGUUUGAUGUUAACUCUCCCGAUAAACAGAGCAUCAGCGCGCAUUCCGAGUCAGAUAAGAAGGAUUCGAGCAUCGAGAGCAGCAUGUCGGGUUGUAGUCCGAAAACUAGCAACAGCUUCGAGGAGCAGAGGAAUUUCGUCGAGUGGAACAACAUGUAUAAUCUUCAGGAUCAACCAAAAGAACAGGAACAAGUCACACCGCCGAAACCGUAUGAACAGGAUGUGAAAAAUUAUCCGAGGAUGUACGAUGAUAAUUACUUCACUCCAGACAGGAUCCGAGUGAAUCCUAUGUAUGCCUCCGGUAGUAACAUCAUCAAGGACUACUCCUUAGCGUCGCCGCCUCAUACGAGUCCUGGUCGAGUAUCUGAUUCGAUGCCACGCUUCGGGAUGCAAUCGACUCCCAUUAAAACCGAGGAACCAAUGGAGUACAGCGUCACCAAAACUAGCACGGUUGAUUACAGGAACAUUGAAUCAAUCGUCAACAGCACGCCCUGCAAGAAAGAAAACAUCGUCAAUUGCGAUCCAAUAAGGCAUUCAGUGAUCAUGCGAGCGGAGGAUCUGAAGAUGGAGGUUGAGCAGACGCCGCUCAAGGAGGAAACGAAGGGCACCAAUAACGAUUGUUGUUGUCGGCACAAAUGUUGCGUGCAUAGUAACGACAGCAUUUUACAAAAGACGAAAAUCCUCUCAGAUCUCAUUCUCAAGACGCAGAAUCCACUCUUUCGGCAUCUGUUAGACUCGGUGGAUUUGCAGUACGGCUUGGAGACCAUGUGGAGCAACAUCGUAGAUAGCAGCAACACGUGCGGCCAAGAUCUCAGGAUAAAAAACGAGAAUGUUACUGAAAUAGAACAAGAUCUACCAUUGGAUUUGACGAUCAACAAGUAACAAGCAAUCAGCUGUUGACAUACCAAAAAGCUCGUAGUCGCCAAUACGAAUUUUAUCUUCUUCAUUGUUUGACAAAAUGCAAAUUAAACGAAACACCAUGAAUUUUAAAUGUGUCGGAUCAAUGCAAUGAUAAUUAAUAAUUAAUAAUUAAUUUAUCAUUGGAAUAAAAAUUUUCAAUUAUAGAUUGCAAAACCAAAUAUGUUUUAACAUCUCUCCUGAUGAGAUAGAAGCAAUUAAAGACCGAACAAGAAUUUGCUCAACCCGUUUAAAUAGUUUAUCUAGAAACAGUUGCAUUAAUUAAAUUGUUAAUCAGAAAUAAUCAGACUAACUUAUAGAUGCAACUUGAUAAUUUUGUAAUUAAUCUAUUUGAUUAAUUAUUUGAAGACGGCAUUCCGCUUUUAAAUUGGCUACUAAAACCGCAAGUGGCCGAAAUAACAAUGAAAAUUAAAUUAGGAUUUUUCUUUAAGGUUGUAAAUAUAUUUGAAAAGUAUACACAGAAAUGUGGUAUAAUUGACUCUUGCCCAAUAAUUUAUCUAUUAGAAUUAAAUUUCAAAAACUAGUUUUUAUAGUAAGACGCGCUUAACAAUCGUAUUUCAGUACUUUAUGUAAACAAAACAUAUGUAUCAUAUGUAUAUAAAAAGUAUAUAUAUGUGUAUGUGUGGCGAGUCAAUUGAUAAUAUGGAAUAAAAUGCUUUUUCCUGUUAAGCAGAACAUGUUUAAUGAUAUGAAUUAAAUAAAACAAAAUUAUUUAAA